CCUGUAGCUGAAUGUUUUAUUUAAAUUACCAGUUGUUAUCAUAAGUUUUACUUAUUACCAUGGAGGAGAAAAAGGACAUCGAGCAAGUUCAAAACAACGCGGGAGAUAAAGGCGAAGAAACCGGCGAGAAGCGCGAGCAAUGGGGCGGACAGAUAGAGUUCCUUCUAUCGUGCAUUGGUUACUGCGUGGGAUUGGGAAAUGUAUGGAGAUUCCCAUAUCUUGCUUACGAAAAUGGAGGAGGUGCCUUUCUCAUUCCUUACAUAAUAAUGCUGUGUCUGUGUGGGAUCCCGUUGUUUAUGAUGGAGCUUUCGUUUGGCCAAUUUGCUGGGCUCGGACCGAUUACAGCUUGGAGAUCGGUGCCAAUAUUUAAAGGCAUUGGUUUCGGCAUGGUCACGGUGUCUUUUCUCGUUUGCAUCUACUACAACGUUAUUAUCGCAUGGUCGUUGUUCUAUCUGUUCGCUUCUUUCCAGUCAGUCCUACCUUGGACUUUAUGUGAUCAGUGGUGGAACAAGGAAUCGUAUUGUCCACCGCAAAAUAUAUCCCUGAAUGCGUCAAUGGAAACUACCACUCAAUCACCAACGACAACAGCAGGAAUGACCACCAGUAUUAUGAACGCCACUCAAGUCAAUAAAACGAGACUGGUCAGCACAACGGAAGAAUACUGGAAGUACAGGGUGUUGAGGAUAGAUCAAAGUUCGGGAAUUGGAGAUCCUGGGAUUGUUUUAUGGGAUCUCGUAUUGUGCCUUCUGCUUGCAUGGAUCAUUGUAUUUGCUUGUUUAUUCAAGGGAGUCAAAUCAACUGGAAAAGUUGUUUAUUUCACGGCAACCUUCCCGUACAUUAUUCUCAUUAUUCUUCUGGUGAGAGGCUGCACACUAGAAGGCGCCCUGGACGGCAUCAUUUUCUACGUCAAACCCGACUGGGAGAGACUAAAGGAUUCAACAGUGUGGACCGCGGCAGCCACACAGAUAUUUUAUUCCCUUGGUGUUUCUUUUGGAGGUUUAUUGACAUUUGCUUCGUACAACAAGUUCAACAAUAACAUAUAUAGGGACACAUUGAUCGUUUCUCUUGGAAACUGCGCAACCAGUGUGUUUGCUGGUUUUGUCAUCUUUUCUGUGAUUGGACAUAUGGCGUUUAAAGUUGGACAAAAUGUGGAAGAUGUAAUCGAUCAAGGUCCAGGGCUCGCUUUUAUCGCUUAUCCACAAGCUGUCGCCCUUCUACCAGUUCCACAACUUUGGUCGAUUUUAUUUUUCUUCAUGUUGCUGACGCUUGGCUUGGACAGUCAGUUUGCUAUGCUGGAAACUGUAGUGACAGGUUUCAUUGACGAAUUCCCGACUCUGCUACGCAAACGAAAGAUGCAUUUCACUUUGUUUAUAGCAGUGGUUGCGUUCUUACUGGGAAUACUGCUAGUAACAGAGGGUGGUAUGUACUGGUUCAAUCUUUAUAAUUUCUACUCUGCUUACUAUGGGCUUUUAGCUUUAUCGCUUGUAAUGUGCUUGGCGAUCAACUGGGGAUAUGGCUUCUUUUUCACUUACCGGUGGCGUUUCAACACCGACAUUAAACUGAUGUUGGGAUUUGAACCGAACUGGUAUUUCAAGGGAGCUUGGAUGUUCGUCACUCCUGCUGCACUUAUUUUCCUGAUCAUCUACGAUGCGAUCAACUCUUCCCCGAUAACAUACAGCGACUACAAGUACCCAAAGUGGGCUAACGACUUGGGAAUAUGCAUGAGUGUAUCUUGUGUAGCAGUUAUUCCCAUCUAUGCAGCUUGGCGUGUUAUUUUGGCUUUGAUGAGAGGAGAAGAUUUGAAACAGCUGGUACUUCCAAGCAAAAGAUGGAAACCAUCAGAUGAUACGAUUAAGUACGAUCAUAUGAAAGGUGCUAUAGAUACCAACAUCAACGUUUUCAACAUCACAAAACGUGAAAGCGACGCCCCACCUUACGAAGUAGCCACCUACAGUCAACCAGUUAAUGAUGAAAUCUCGAACCCUUACCCGGAAACAUACCAUAGCAAGUUGUGAAUAUAAACUGACGCCUUUUUUAGCUGCACCAUCACUAUAGAAUUAACACAAAAGCAAACUAAUUCAACUUAUUAUUCCUUUAUUCCAUACUUGUGGCAUGGACUUGGAAAAAAAACAGCCUAAGUUUUAAUAGGUUAAAAUGUAUCACAGUUUAAUAUUAAUUGGUCAAUUCCAUAUACUGCCUUGUGUUGUAACAAGCGAAUUUCAUACACAAGUUCUAAUAUUAGAAAAUCACCAAUUUGUUUAACCUGCUGUGCAUUGGUUCGCCUUGUCAAAUUGAUUUAAGCUAUUUGUACCACAAACAACACGUUCAAUUGCUAAUUGUUGGCAGAUAGCCAAAGUUAAUGAUUGCAGGAUACCGCUUAUAUAUUGCACUUUAUCGCAAACUAAAUACACCAACAUAGUUUUA